AAAAAAUCUUUAAUCUCCAUCUUAUCAGAAACAUAUAUUUAACACCAUGGAGGGUAAUAUAGAUAAACCACCUGAUGAAGCUAUUCAAACCGAAGAAGACAAUCAAGACGCCAAAUCUGUAGAUGAUAUAAACUGCUCAAAAAGUGGUGAAGCUUCUGCAAAACAAGAUAUCAACUCCAACACAAUUUGCGAUAAUGCAGAAUCGCAUCCAGAUAAUGGGGACGAUACAGAAAUGAAUGUAAUGCACACCGAAAAUUCUCAAUUGGAUAUUGCUGAUGAAAAAGACUCGGAAAUGACUGAACAAGGAAAAAAAAAUGGUGUUGAGCAUGAAGAUGCUGAUAGAAGUAUAGACGUGGAAGGAGUAUGUGAUCACGAAUCAAAGAGAGAUGAAAGCACCAAUGUUGGAAAUAUAUCAGCAGAUCUGGGAAUUCAUUUGAGAGAAAAUUCAAAAAUUUUGUCAGAGCAAGUUAAUUCAAUGUGUACUGACUCUGGGACGAGUACUCAGAUUGAAAAAGAUGAACGUGAAAAACCAAGCGAUGUCAAAAUUACGAAAAUUGCGAAAAUGAAGCGAAAGAAGAGAAGUUAUAGGAAACAAAAGCAAAAAGAUAGAAAUACAGACACAGGAGAUGAAAAUGUUGUUGAAACUGGUGAAAAUAAAAUGGAUGUAGAUGGAGAAAAUUCACAAUCAAAAACAGAACAAGACUUGGAUGUAGAAGGACUUGAGAACUGUAAAAUCAGUGAAAAGGCAUCGUCAAGCAAACAAUCACCCUGUAGUAGUAGCAAGUUAAAACGCUCAAAAUGUAAAUCCCAACAAUCAUCUGCGGAACAUAAAAAACGAAAAAAAGCCUUAAAGUUAUCACCAGAUAAGAAACCCAAAGAAACAAAUUUAGAAGCCGGCACUUCUGGUGAGACUAAAAACGAACAGGACAAUGAAAAUGACGAAGCGCCGGACUCGGAAGACGAUGACAAAUCGUCUUCUACGGAUAAAACGGAAAGUUCAUGGUCAAGUUCGACUUCGUCAGAUUCAUCAAACCAUACUUCUGACGACGAGCAUGAAAAUAAAACCGAAACUGUUUUAACCGAUGAUGAAGUAUGGCUUGAAAAACAUACUGGGGUUUUAUCAUUACCAAGGUGGAAGGCAGUACAACAGAUACAGAAACGAGAGCUGGGAUGCUUUAAUCAAGCUUGGCAACAAAGGGUUUGUGGUUCAACAGCAAUGGUUAAAAGAUUGGAACAGCAGAUUACUUUAGAUGCUCAUAAAGGUUGUGUAAAUGCUCUACAUUUCAACCAAACUGGAACUCUUCUUGCUUCUGGUAGUGAUGAUUUGGAUAUUCAUAUAUGGGAUUGGUCUUCUACAUCUCAAGAGCCUUUCAUAUCCUACAAUUCGGGACAUAGAAGCAACGUCUUUCAAGCCAAAUUUAUGCCAAAUUCAAGCGAUUUGACUGUUGUCAGUGCUGCAAGAGAUGGCCAGGUCAGAGUUGGCUACCUGUCUUCAACGGGAUCGUGCAGAGACACAAAAAAAUUGUCACAACAUCGUGGUUCUGCACACAAGUUGGCGCUAGAUAGCACUGGAUGUAAAUCUACAUUUUUAUCUUGCGGAGAAGAUAGUGUUGUAAUGGGGUAUGACCUUCGUGAAACCAAGGCAUCAAAGAAAUUAGUAUCUGUGAAACAAGGAGACGAUAAAAUACCAUUGUAUUCUAUCGACACAAGUCCCCAUCGACCACAACAAUUUGCAGUGAGUGGACGAGACCAGUGGGCCAGGGUUUACGACAGACGAAUGCUAGAUCCUGAAGCGCCAGAAACUGUAGUUAAGUAUUGCCCCCACCAUUUGGAAACCGCUACUGACACUAAGGCUAAUAUAACCUGCCUCGUGUAUAACUAUGACGGUUCAGAAUUAUUGUGUAGUUACAAUGAUGAAGAUAUUUAUCUUUUUGACACAAACCAUUCGACGGGAUGCGAAUUUACCAGAAAGUAUAAGGGGCAUAGAAACAACGCCACAGUGAAAGGAGUCAACUUCUAUGGCCCUAAAUCCGAAUUUGUUGUGUCUGGAAGUGAUUGUGGAAAUAUUUUUCUCUGGGACAAAGAAUCCUCAAAAGUCGUACAGUUCAUGCAAGGUGAUGAUGGAGGAGUGGUCAAUGUAUUAGAACCUCAUCCAAAUUUACCUAUACUUGCAACGAGUGGUUUAGAUAAAAAUAUCAAAAUAUGGAGCCCUAUGGGUGAUGGAAGUUUCAAUGAUGAAAAAUUGAAAAAGCUGAUGCUUUCUAAUCGACAAGAAAGACACGAUGAAAGUAACGAAGGUCAUGUGAUCGACAGCCAUUUAUUAUGGUUUUUAAUGAGGUCUCUGAGGAACGCGAGGGGGAGGAGACAUAAUAGGAGGGAUGGUGAGGAAGAUGACGAUUCAUCUGAUUCUUCUUAUAACGAUUCAUCUGAAGAUUCUGAUAGAGAAUCUCGCAGUGACAGGAGGAGAAUGGAUUGUUUAACUUCAUAAUUUUCGAUUUUCUUCUAUUUUUUUCACUGUUCUUUUCUGUUGCUUCUUCUUUUCGCGUCUUCCAGUAUUUUCAAAUCAUGUUCUACUUUUAUAAACUUCAAACAGCACGAAAAGACAAUUUCGUACCAUGUAUAGCUGUGCAACAUUCAAGUUCAUUCAGAUAGAUACGUACUGGAUUACACAUUUCUCCAAUGGUAUAUCUCCAGAUUACAAAAAAGUUCUGAAAUUUAGUCAUUCAUUGAUAUGAAUUUGAUUCCAUUAACAUAGCAUACAUUCUACAUAGUAUCACAAAAACUGGGAUUUUUUGUUCGAAAAUAUUGAAUGUAAAUAUCAGUCUAGCUGAGAGAUGAAAUUAUAUAUUUAUUAUUAUAAGUUCAAAUAUCCAUAAAAAUGGCAACUUUCAUUGUAGCACAUUUCUAGACCAGUGGUCCUCAACCAAGUAUUUCGUGGCACUCUAGUGUGCCGACUGGUACAGUCCCAAGUGUUCCGCUCCACCUAAAAGUUUGAAAACUAUUAUUCUAGAUAGUGCUGUAUUCUUUAUUUUUUUAGAAUUUGUGAUUUGUAUUUCUCAUAGAAAGCAGGUAAUAUGUCUCAGAAUUUUGAUUAUGUCAUGAAUGCACCUCUGUAAAAACCAUACCGAUAUAAUGUGUUAUUAUAUUGCAUUGUAUCAGUUCAAUUCUACAAAGAUAAAAUUCUACUUUCUUUUGCUUUUUUGCCAAUCCUUUUUUUGUUUGAAAAUUUCUUGCUACUUAGCAUAUUAUGAUUCACUAAUUACUUGAUGCUUUGCGUCUUGCUAGUAUCGAAUAUUUGAUAAAAUGUAUAAAUUUUAGUAUUAUACUUUUGAAAUAAUAUCACAUAGUAAGAACUUUUAAAGUAAAUUGGAAACGAUAGAGCCAAAUCAAAAAGUUUGUUGUGGUAAUAUUCAAAUUUUGAUGUUUCACUUGACCAGAGACUAAUUUGAAGAUUGUUUGCACUAAAAAAUAUAUGAUUUGCCGCCGACAAAUCUUGACUCAUUUUGUCAUAAGUGAUUAAACGAAAUUAAAUUGCGGAUGAUUUGUAAUGGUACCGGUAUCUUUUGCUUAUGUCCAACUGACCAGUCUUAUUAGCAUUUCUGUAAGGACUGUUGAUUAUUGAUGGCAAGUGGAAUCCAUUCUGAUAGAUGUAAAUAUCCACUCUUCUAUUUUUGCUUACUGUGAAGUAUUUCUCAUCUUAUGUUUAUCGUGUUUUGAUAAACAGCUCGCCUUUAUUUCUUAUUAUGUAAAAUCGUUCAAAUGCAUAUUUGAGUUCCUUGAUUUGCGUUUUCAUUGUGAAAAUUUGAGGGUAGGCUGGAUGUUUAAAAUCCUCGUUCGAUUUUCAUCACCUAAAAUGUAUCCUUCGCCUGCUACAAGAAACGUUUCAAGCUGUGUAUUUAUUGCUCUUUGACGGUUGCAGUCCAAUACAUAGUUCGGGGGUAUUAUUACCAGAAAUAACUAAUCUCUUACAGUUACCGAAAGCAUGUGCGCAAUUUGUUUAUUCCAAAACUAUCUUCAGGCGGUUUUUUUAAUAAUAAAAUUCUGCUUAAAUUGAUUGCAGACAAACUUCAAUCAAGAUCAAAACAUUUGUAUCAUUGAUUUUGAAAUCAUUUCCUGAAACGGAUUGAUAAUAAAGCACAGUAUUUAAAUAA